AGAGCAGAGAGCCGCCCUCUUCUGGACUGAGCGGCAGCCUAUCCUCAGAGCUUGGCUCAGCCUGCUCCCAAUACCGUCCGCGCCCAACCAUCUCGCAAUGAUCGCUCCUCUUCGGGUCCGCUCCUUAUGAUCGCCCCCGAUGCCUGAAUGCAGGUGUGGGCUGUGUCGGAGGUCAGCGUACCUAGACUGGUGGUGGUGCCAGGAGGGCAGAGCUGAGGAGAGAGCCUUCUCCUCCCAGCCCUUCAUCAGCCUUAUGAUCUGUCGUACAAGCCAUGACUCUGAGCUCUGAGAUGUCCGAUGCCUCUGCCUUGGCUGAUGAGACCGAUAUCGAUGUGGUCGGAGAGGGGGAGGAUGAGGAGCCCAGGGGGUACACCGAGGAGGAGGAAGAGGAGGUGGUGGUGGCAGAGGACAUGUUGAUGCCCAGGUCCCCCCAGUGCUCAUCCAGUAAGACUUCCAGUAAGAACACCCUGGUGAAGCCCCCCUACUCGUACAUUGCCUUAAUCACCAUGUCCAUCCUGCAGAGCCCCAAGAAGAGGCUGACCCUGAGCGAGAUCUGCGACUUCAUCAGCCAGCGCUUCCCUUACUACCGCGAGAAGUUCCCCGCCUGGCAGAACUCCAUCCGACACAACCUCUCCCUUAACGACUGCUUCGUCAAGAUCCCCCGGGAACCCGGCAACCCGGGCAAGGGCAACUACUGGACACUGGACCCCGAGUCGGCCGACAUGUUCGACAACGGCAGCUUCCUGCGGAGGAGGAAACGCUUCAAGCGGCAGCAGAGCCCGGAGAUGCUGGGGUUCCGGGAACCCGGACAUUUCCUCCCCACCGCCGCCUAUGGCUAUGGACCUUACAGCUGUGGCUAUGGAAUCCAAAUCCAACCUUUCCACCCGCACUCAGCCCUCCUCGCCUUCCAAUCCCAGCACAGACAGCCAGUCCCUGGGGCCCCUAGCAUGGCAGCCCCGGCACUCCUACCCAGGACCUGUACCUUCUACCCCCAACACCUCAACCCGGCCCUUCAGGGGCCCCUACAAACUGCCAAGAGCGGAGCCAGGUCCACCUUCUCCAUCGACAGCAUCAUAGGUGGGGACCUCAGCCCUGGACAGUGCAACCCUUCCAAAGCCUCUGGGGCCCCUCCUGUCCUCUCUAGGGCCCUGGUGACUUUCUCCGGCUCCCCUGUUGCUUUAGGUGGGGCCCUGCAGCCCGGAACAAUGCUCACCAAUGGGGAACCCUAUGCCACUAGGAUCUCAAACUCUUAAUCAAAGUCAGGCUUUUACCGAGAAGGUAGGAGGCUUUCUAUGGGGUGUGCAUUCUCUUUUGCCUUUUUUUUAGGCUCGAGCUACAUGGGCAAUUUUGUGAUUGA